AGGGAUUACAAACGGUGCACUGCUGUUUGCCAGAACUGUUUCCUGUGUCAACAUAUCUUGCUAGCCGGAGCGAAAAGUACCCACAUUCAACUAUUGUAUGGGACAAGAGUUUCGGAUUUCAAGACAAAAUGGAUGGUGAAGAGAAGGCCUAUGGUGGCUGUGAAGGCCCAGAUGCCAUGUAUGUGAAGCUGAUCUCCUCUGAUGGCCAUGAGUUUAUAGUGAAGAGGGAACACGCCUUGACUUCAGGGACCAUCAAAGCCAUGUUGAGUGGACCAGGUCAGUUUGCAGAGAAUGAAACCAACGAAGUGAACUUCAGAGAGAUCCCCUCCCAUGUCCUGUCCAAGGUGUGCAUGUACUUCACCUACAAGGUCCGCUACACCAACAGUUCCACAGAAAUACCAGAGUUCCCCAUCGCCCCUGAGAUUGCCCUGGAACUACUCAUGGCUGCAAACUUCUUGGAUUGUUAACUCAAAGAAAUGUAGCUACUGAAACUCUUUUUUUUAAAUAUUUGUUUUGACUAUUUAACUUGUUUGCCAUGUUGCUUCAGAUAUAAAACAAAACCGUGAAUGAUGAGUACUUUGUCAGUAUGCUUUUAAGCUUUUGUUUAUUUAUAUAUAUUUUUUUGCUACAGGCUUUAUGUCCACCUUUUUUAUUGGUUAGUAACGACUUUCAUUUGAAUAUAAUAAACAGAUAUGGCUGCACCAGUUGCUCCAGAAUGCUAGCCCCUGGUAAACAAUCGUUCCUUACCUCCCCACCACAAUAAAGGAUGUUUGAGUA